AGGAGACUUAUCAUCUGACUCAGGAGCACUGAGUCUAUCUGGAGCCAAGGGUCCAUAGGCACUCAGAGUCAAAAUGGAGUCCUUCAGCUCUAAGGACAUGGCCAUGAAGGCCCAGAAGAAAAUCCUCAGCCACAUGGCCAGCAAAUCCAUGGUGCAGAUGUUAAUUGACGACACCAGCAGCGAAAUCCUGGACGAGCUCUACCGCAUCUCCAAGGAACACUCUGGAAACCGCACAGAGGCCCAGAAGGUGGUCAAGGACCUGGUAAAGGUGGUUGUAAAGGUAGGGGUUCUUUUUCGGCACAACCGCUUCAGUAAAGAGGAGCUCAGCCUGGCUCAGGACUUCAAGAAGAAGCUGCACCAGGGGGUCAUGACGGCAAUCAGCUUCCAGGAGGUGGAGUUCACAUUUGAUAAGGCUGUCAUGACGGAGCUCCUGACAGAUUGUAGGGACAUCUUGCUGAAGCUCGUAGAGAAACACCUGACAACCAAAUCCUUUGGACGCAUUCAGCAUGUCUUCAACCACUACUCUGACCCAGACCUACUGACCAACCUCUACACCCCCGGCGGCCCUCUCUGGCCUAAUCUCACCAAGAUCUGCAAUGGCCUGAACAAACUGGUUGAGGAAGGCAAGCUUUGAGUGGGAAUUACGAACAGCGCUGGAAAAAUGAGAAACUGUGGCAAGCCUAUAAAAGAAUUCUGAAUUCAGUUUGCCCGUGAAAAUAUCAUUUUGGUAGCUUAAUGGGGACAUUGACUCAGUGUGAGUUGAUGAUGUAGAUAUUGAUUUAUGUUGGGAUCUUUGUGAGGACAUGGAAUCAUCGCCCUUGCUUUACAACAUAAGCCAUCUGCAUUAGGGCUGGGCGAUAUAUUGUGUAUUCAUCAUUAUCACAAUAUGAAUGUGAUUGAAAUGCGUAGUCACAUUUCACCAUCUUAGGAUAUUACCUCUACCUCUGCCUAAAUGCAUUUCAGUCGAAUGCUGUUGGAGCUAAGUAAAGUCCAUUCAAAUAUGACAUAUGAAAGAAAAAAAGCCAAAAUUUUUGCUAAAAUCACCUGUGAAAUCCUCCAAAUUGUUUUGUUUUUUAAACGACUUCUUUGUCAGGACUCCCUGCUUCCAGCACGAUAAGAAUGCAUCUGUGGUCUAAUUUGAAUUGAUUAGUCCUCCUGUUUUAAGAUAUUAGCUCUUUUAUUAGCUAUUUUACGAGUGUGUUAAGAUUACACGACGGGGUUGGGGGGCUAGCAGUGCAAAUGUUUGUUUAUAACAUGUUGCGUAGACAAGUUUGUAGUAUUUCAGCAGUAGCACUUAGUGGAUGUUGUGCAAUGGGAGAAGAAUGAGGCAAUAAUUAACCAUGAACCAUAACACUUUCCACAGGAGAAACAGAACUGCACAGCAAGUGAAUCCUAACGGUGUUCCCUACCCCUUUGCAAGCGAUCUGUUUUCUAUAACUGUCUUAGAUGUACACAAUUCGAAAGGGAAUAUCUGCAAUUAAAGGACUUACGGGCCAAAAUAUAGUGUGUAUCUAUCAGGCUUGAAGGCUUAUUGUGAGUUAUCCGUUUUGUUAAACUUCAGACAACAAAAUGUUUGGCAAAGAAGAAAACAGGAACCAUCAAAAAGACAGCACCCUCAGGCUUUCCCCGUAAAAUGGCCUCAGGAAAUGAGGCAAGCAUGCAUCACCUAACUGCAUUGUGAGACUAGAUAUGCAAACAUUGAUUAACGUGUCAUUCCAGUUUCAGUACAUGCCAUUAAUGCAACAGGUUAUCCUAUUCUUAGCCAAAACUGUGAAAAAUGACCGGUUCAUGAAGACAUGCUGUCCUCUAGUGGGCUAUAGUGAAUAUUGCACCUGGAGUUGGAUUACUUACUGGCACUUGAAAUUUACCAUAAUUCAAGUUGCUUCUUUCAAAUCUGAUGAAUAUACAAUCAGUACUAUCACAUAGGCAACUGUAUUAAUAUUAUUGAAAGUUACAA